AUCACGUGUUUGGAGAUCAAAGGAGAUCCGCUUUGUAGAGCUGGAGAGAGGUAGUGAGAAAGAGAAAAAGAGAGAGAAAGAGAGAAAGAGAGAGAGAGAGAGAGAGAGAGAGAGAGAGAGAGAGAGAGAGAGAGAGAGAGAGAGAGCGGGCAAGCAAGCAACGUAAUUGACAAGGCUGCAAUGGUGAAAUAAACACUCUCGGCCAACGCACAGCUUUCGUUGCACAAUUGCGAAAACACGGCGCUCUUUUGACGCAUCGAUCUCGCUUCAGAUUCGAUUUCCAGAAUUUCAGCACCAUCACCUAAUCACGCUUGGAAAUUAUGUUCCGAUCGGCGCAUAUCCAACCGGCAAGAUGAUGAUUUUACCAAGGAGAAGGUUAGAGUGUGUAGCCGAUUCGGUGGUCUUGGUGAUCUUCGUGGUCACCACUUCUCUUGGAACGGUUUUCGCCAAGGAUACGGCUUUUGUGGAAGUAGUGCUGUUUGAGUCAAGUCCAAAUGGAGAUUAUACUACAUACACGACGGGGUUGCAAGGACGAUUCUCAAAGGCAGGAGCCACUAUCAGUGCGGAGGGCGAGAUCGUGCAAAUGCAUCCGCUGGGGCUGUGUAACAACAAUGAUGAGGAGGACCUAUACGAGUAUGGCUGGGUGGGAGUGGUGAAGCUGGAGCAGCCUGAGCUGGACCCCAGCUGUCUCACUGUCCUGGGAAAGGCGAAGCGAGCGGUUCAGAGGGGAGCGACGGCUGUCAUCUUCGACGUGUCCGAAAACCCUGAUGCCAUCGAUCAGCUGAACCAGGUAGCGGAGGACCCUCUGAAGAGGCCAGUAGUUUAUGUGAAGGGGGCCGAUGCUGUUAAGCUGAUGAACAUAGUCAACAAGCAGAAAGUGGCCCGUGCCAGAAUCCAGCACAGACCACCAAGGCAGCCUACGGAGUACUUUGACAUGGGGAUCUUCCUGGCCUUCUUCGUAGUGGUAUCUCUGGUCUGCCUCAUACUGCUCAUCAAGAUCAAACUAAAACAGAGGAGAAGCCAGAGUUCUAUGAACAGGAUGGCCAUCCAGGCCCUGGAGAAGAUGGAGACCAGGAAGUUCAAGGCCAAGGUCAAAGGGCAGCGCGAGAGCAGCUGCGGGGCAUCGGAUUCACUGAGCAGUAGCUCCACCUCAGACUGCGCUAUCUGCCUGGAGAAGUACAUCGACGGAGAGGAGCUGCGGGUCAUCCCCUGUGCCCACAGGUUCCAUAAGAAGUGUGUGGACCCUUGGCUCCUCCAGCACCACACCUGCCCUCACUGUAGACACAACAUUAUUGAGCAAAAGAAGGGGAACCCCGGCCCUGUCUGCAUGGAUGGCAAUCCCGUCCACAGCCGGCAGCAGAGGGUAGUCCUGCCCGUCCACUACCCAGGCAGGGUGCACCGUGCUGGGCAGGUGACUACCUACCCCACCCGCACCUCCAUGGACCCCCAUGGUAACCCCAUCACAAUGCUCACUGUGGACCACCACCCAGACCCCCAGGGCCUGUACCCUCCCCAGUCUGCCCACGCCGGGGCCUUCCUCCGGGGCUACCACCCCCACACUACCAUGCACCUGGACCACUCCCUCAACCCCCACCACUGUGGCCUGGAGCACCAACACCGCGGCCUGGGCCUCAACCCCCCCACCUACCCCCAGCACCAGCAGUCCGGGCCCCACCAUGGAGCCUUCAAGAGGCCCAAAUUCCAUGGGCGCAGCUUCUCACGUGCUGCCUGCUACUCGCAGUAUGAGACCAUGUACCAACACUACUACUUCCAGGGCUUGACCUUCCCCCAGCAGGGUGAGGGGGCUGCAGGCAUUGUGGGGGUGGCUGGGGGUGCCGGGCCCCACAAGGGCCACCACAGCAGGGCCUUCCAGGGGGGUCUGCUCUACCCCACGGUGGUCCACAUGGCCCCUGCUACCAGCUCCAGGAUAGGGGAGGCAGGGAGCGGUGCCUCAGGCCUGGGCUGUUACCAUGGCCACCACUCUGUGUGCAGCGGUUACCUGGCCGACUGUCCGGGCAGCGACAGCAGCAGCAGCAGUUCGGGCCAGUGCCACUGUUCAUCCAGUGAUUCUAUGCUGGACUGCACCGAGGUUAGCAACCAGGGGGUGUACGGCUCCUGUUCUACCUUCCGCAGCUCCCUGAGCUCUGACUACGACCCCUACGUCUACCGCAGUAAGAGCCCCUGCAGGGGUUCGCAAGGGGAGCCAGGGGCCACAGCCGCAGGGGCCUCCACCGCCUGUCCCUCCACAGCCGAGGACUCCCUAACCCCAGCUCCCUCGGGGGCCGAUGGCUGCAGCCUGCAGCCACAGCCUCCUCCAGGAGCCUGUGGGUUCGGCUCGGGGGACCAGCUCUCCAGCUGCAGUCUGGAGCCGAACUACAGCAGCCGCUCGUCACUGGAGCAACCCAGGGACACCAGCACCACUAGCACUACCUCAGCCGGCCCUCUAGAGGGAGCCGCUGACAGAGGGAAGGGGGGGCAGACAGGGGAGGAGAUAGGGGGGAAUCAUGUCCUGGGGGGAGUAGGAGCAGGGGCGUGUAGCUGCUGUUUUGAGGUACUCCCACCCAACAUGGAGUGCAUAGGUCAGCAGGGGCAAGACUCGGACACGGCUGGGUCUCUGGCCUCCUCAGGGCGUGGCUGUCACAGGGGGGCGGAGUUCCAUCAGCAGAGCUCCGCCUCUCAGCAUCAGCAGAACUUUUACGGCCAGGGGGAGCACCUGUUAGCUCCGUCGGAGCAGGUGAGUUACGAGGGCCUGCCCUGCUUCUUCUACAAGGAGAUGAAGGUCCACCGGGCCACAGGGGGGCGCUAUAACGAGGAUUAUGCCGUGAACGUGCAGUACGCACACCACGCUGCAGACUCAGACGCCUGCUCCGGACAGGGCUGCUGUGGCGAGCUCAGCCAGAGAAUACCCAUAAUCCAUGAGGACACAGACUGUGAACCGGGCUUGGGGGCGGAGACCCAGAGCAGCCUACUGCUAGGCAGCAUCAUCACGGGGGAAGGGCAAGGGGGUGAGGGGCGGACUGGGAAUCGUUGGCGGGUGGAGCCAAGUGAAGGGGGGUACUUUACUUCAGGACAGUUCAGAGGUCAAACUUACCCCACCCAGGAGGAAGAGACCAGGGCCCUGUUCCACCCUCGGAACGCCACUAACCACGAUGCGUCGGGAAACAGUAAAGCUACAGAUGAGGGGCUUGGGGGUAUAUGAGGGGGUGUGGAGCCCAGAAACAGCCUCUUUGGUACCGAACUAGUCAGUCGUUCAGUCAGUCAAUCAACAAACCCUCAGUUGCCUUGUUCUAAGCCUUGCUCGCUGAGCUCUGAAUGUUAUAAUCCUAUAUGGUGAUGGUGUGGAUUUCUACUGAAAAUUAUAUGAUGGCCUGCCUGGUGUAACCAGGCCUAUCCAGUUCAUUCCUGUGGCUCAGCCCACCUCGUGGCCCCACCAGCAGCUUCUACAGGCUGUGAUAGAGAAUCAGGCUACGACAUAUGGGUGGAUGUUCAGUGGUUGGCUUGGCAGGGGCACAACACGACAUGUAGGCUACUACCACAUACCAUCUGUGCCAGCCAGGGUCAGUCAUGAGACCCAUUAGAAGAUCAACUAAUUGUGUUAGCUGGGCCCAGUUUGUGAGAUUGUAUUUUCUGAUUUGGUGAGUUGUUUUUCUUUACAUGAUAUCGAAACUCCAUCUUGUGCAAAACUUUUGAGGAUUUCUUUCCCUUUUUUUUCCCUCUUCUUGUUAAUUCUUAUUACACAAAUGCCUGGAUGUACAUGCAGUAUGUAUGCACUAUACGUACAGUCAGGUCAAAAAUGAUUGGCACCCUUGUUAAAGAUGAGCAAAAAAGACUGUAUACAAUAAAUAAUACAAAUAAUGAGCUAUAUUAUAUUUUCGGGACUUGAACCCGAUUGAAAACCUGUGGUUUGAAUUGAAGAGGGCUGUCCAUAAGUGCAGAUGAAGGAUAUCAAGGAUCUGGAAAGAUUCUGUAUGGAGGAGUAAUCUAAGAUCCCUCCCAAUGUGUUCUCCAAUCUCAUAAAACAUUUUAGAAAAAGACCAUGUUGUUAUCCUCACAAGGGGAGGGUUCUUGAGUAUUGAAAAGAGGGGUACCAAUAUUUUUGACCCCUAUCUUUUUUUGUAUUACUUAUUAAAUAAAGUAUCUCCCUCUGAGCAAUAGUAUUAGCAUAAAAUAAGUAUUUUUUUUGCUCACCUUUAGACCUGACUGUGUGUACUGUACUGUACUUAUUUUAUGACAUACAGCUACCUAUACAGCUUGGAAAACAAGCUUCAACAAACCACCAACUCAGAUGAAAGGUUAUGUAAGAAUACCAAAACCUUUCCCUUUUCUUUUUUUAGGGGGUUUGGUGGGGAUUCGGAUCUUUUGGUAGUUGGAGGACAGCCAGUGUCAGUCAGUCGCCCACUUCUCUCAUUGGGAAGAUGAAGCUAAGCUAUACAAACUACUCUACAGUUCUGUCUGUUGGUGGUAUACUCAGUCCAACACCAAGCCUUAGGCCAGCGAGCCAUACUUACUAUCUGGGGCGGGACUGUGUCACUUUUUGGUUGAAUAGAGGUCCACAUAGUGACAAUGUUUCUCUGAGUUCCUCGAAAGAGAUUUGGAAAUCUUCAAAGGAUUGGUUUCAUAUCCAUUUUAGUUACUAUUUCUAGUUUAGAAGCUCAUGGUUUUUUUUUUUGGGGGGGGGGGGGGCAGUUACUCAUCUAGCCUCCUCAACACUUAAGCUCUAAUGUAGAUGGUCGUAUGAGGCUCUUGUGUUGCUUAAAAAAAAAUAGGCCAAAGGAAAAAAGUAUCAUUCACAAGGGAUCUCUUUUAUACUGUGGCUGUGUGUUUUUGUUGAUGUAUUUUUUACAACACAGUUACAAAAAAAGCAGCACAUCUGAUUUUAGAUUUUUUUUAAUGAUUAAAUCACACAAUACACACCAUGCUCACAAACAAUAUCAACGUUGUUUGUUCAUUCAUACCUUCUUUCUGUUUGUUUUACAGACUGUAUUCUACUGUUUCUAUGAAAUGUACCCAUUCUCUUCACAGAGGCAUUUGUUUUGAAAUAACAAUAUUUAUAUGUUAACCCAGAGCCCUAAUAAAUUAAAGAUAUUGAGAAUCUAAUCUUGCCUUUGCAUAGAGAUGUGUUGCAAAUGAAAAUUUGGGGGUACGCAAGUCACUAUUUAAUUUGUUUUAAUUGUUUGUAGCACUUAAGAUUAUAUAAAAAGAAAAUGUGUACAAAAAAAUGCUUUUUAAAAAACAAUUUAAGAAAUAUAAUUAUUUUCUCCAUCAUUACCAUUUUAAAAAGGUUAGAAAUCAAUCUGUAUAUUUCUGUAUCUGUAUAGCAGCACAUUUCAUAAAUGGAAAUAUGUUCUCUGAAUAUUUAUUUACUAAUAUAUUUAUCUUUAAGCCAUGUCUUAUGUUGUGUAUGAACAUUUUGGAGUUGUUAUUUGGUUGCUUUCUUUGAUAAAUCACUAACAUGAGACUUUGUAAAUACAUGGUAAUUGCACAUAAGACGAUUUUAAAUACUCUCUGACCAAAAACUGAUUUAAAAAAUGUAGUAUCAUACAGUUUUGUAAUUAAAGUGUACAAAGAUCUGUAAAAUAUACAGUUUUAUUCAAGUAAA